CAUGUUGGUCUAUGGGUUACAGCUACUGAGAAGCAUUCAGCCGGCUCUCCCCUCUCAGUAAUCUGAUGUUUUCUUGUUUCUGCUUUAGCCUGCAGGAGAACUCCUUCAGCAGCAGCAGCACGGCUGUCACUGAGACUGAAGGUGAAAGCAACUCCCUACAUGAGGACCAACCAGUCUGUUCCAAACUCAGAGAUGAAAAUAAUAAAGAAAACUACCCAGAGAGAGUCACAGAACUGGAGGAUGACUCCUCGCCAUCAUGGGAUGUUCCACCUCACUCAGAUAAGAAGAUGUUUGAUGGACCCACCAGGCAUGGAGUUGGCAUCUUGCAAACCAAGCAGCCCAAGUCCAACAGCCAUGAAGGAAAUCAGGAAAGUGAGAAUGUAAUCCCAUGCCUUGCUGAGAGUUGGCCAACAAAGGGACUGGCGUCUCAUGAUCAUCUUCACCAUGUUCCCCUGAGAGGAGCCGCCGAGCAUCCGGCAAGAAACAGUCCCAUCAUGCGUGCCCAGCCAAAGGAACCUGCCGAGCCGCUGCAGUAUGUCACCGAGAAUCCCUUCCUCAAGCUGCAGCCCCCGGAACCGGACCUGUGCCCUGUGUUCUUGCCGUGCCAGGAGGAGGUGGUCCGGCCUCAUUGCUCCAAGGAGACCACCGGUCCUCUCGCCCAGUGCGUGCCCAGCGAUUGUGCCAAUCAUACAGAACCAGUAUCAGUCCACUGGGACUCUCAGAGUGAUGUAGAUUAUGGGCCAGAUGAUCACUGCAGCUUUGGGACGAGCCGGCUUUUGUUUCACAUCACUGAUGGAGAUAACCCCCUGCUUUCCCCCCGCUGCUCUAUCUUCAGUCAAAGCCAGAGAUAUAACUUGGAUCCGGAGUCUGCCCCAUCUCCUCCAAGUGCUCAGCCCUUCAUGAUGCCAAGGAGUUCCUCUAGAAGUAACUGUGAAGUCUCCAAGGAGCCCCUGACAGUUGUGCAGCUCACCAAGCAAAUCCAGAGCCUCAAGAGGAAGAUCAGGAAGUAUGAAGACAAAUUUGAGCUGGAGAAAAAUUAUCGUCCCUCCCACAUUGACAAAACAUCCAAUCCUGAAGUCCUGAAAUGGACGAAUGAUUUAGCCAAGGCUCGUAAACAGCUUAAAGAACUUAAACUGAAAAUGUCUGAAGGUCAAAGUGUACCAAGGGGUUUACAGAGCAGCACAUUGGAGGAAAUCUGUGCUCCAUCCAUCAGGGUGGAACCACCAGGCGCAUCAAGCACCACCGUGUGUUCUGUGGAGGAAACAGUAGAAACUGUAUGGAACCGACUGAAAGAAAAAAGGCAGUUGCUUAAUUUUCCUGAGGCAUUAAAGGGUUCAAAGCAGGAGCGAAGCCUAAUGAAGCCCCUGUAUGACAGAUAUAGGAUUAUCAAGCAGUUAUUAUCGACGGCAUCUUUGAUUCCGACUAUACAUGAAGAGGAAGAUUCGGAUGAUGACUGUUCCCAGAGAGGCAACGAGUAUGAUCUGACGGCAGAGUUGGACGGUGCAUUAGAUGAACCAUUUAUGUACUAUAGCGCAGAACUAGAACCUACCUUUGCAUCUACGCUGGAUGAUCGGCCCAUCAGGCAACCUGCCCUCUCCAUGUCCAACUUGCACGAGGCGUCCAUGCCCGAGCUCCUUGAUCAGCUUCGAGAGACCAGAGCCGAUAAGAAAAGGUUACGGAAAGCUUUAAGAGAAUUCGAAGAGCACUUUUUAAGACAGACUGGAAGGAGCGUGCAGAAAGAAGACCGGAUCCCUAUGGCGGAGGAGUACUGUGAAUACAAGCAGAUAAAGGCAAAGCUCCGAUUGUUAGAGGUCCUGAUCAGCAAGCAAGAUGUCUCCAAAACAAUUUAGGGUCCUCACACACCCCACUUUGACCGGUUCUUCUACAGUAACAUCUGCUGUUCUAUCCACACACCCCCCCGUACAACACUGAUGUACUUGUGCACUUUAAUUGUUCGACACUACCUGGGAGCGUUCAAUAGCCGCACGUCCCUCCGAGGAAGCCCCUCUGACUGCAGUAGCCAAGAGUCCUGAUGAAGGCAAGAAUGUGCAAUAUGGAAUUACGUCUGUUUUUGUGGGGUUCUUUUUUAUACUAAUUUGGGUAUCUGAGACUACGUGCUUCUUCUGUUGCCCAACUAUAUAACCUUCCAUGCCGAAGGCUUGGAGUUGCACUUUGCCUGUAGGGGCCCCAGGUGCAGGUUUCAUAGGUGGGAUAUUCCUUGUCAAUGUCUGUUGCAGCUUCUUUGAAGUCUAAAAUUGUCCCUUAUUUCCAUAAAGCUGAUUGGGCAGGGUCAUUCUUUGUAGGAGGAUGGUUUAACCCUUGCCGACAUUAUUUGUUUUGCCAGAGACCUUCCCUAUAGAACGUCCGCCA